AGCUCUGCAAAUCUUGCAGCACUUGUUGUGUCUUGUGGCCACUUUGGAGCCAGAUAAGCGUUGACGGAAGACACUGGAUUUAUUUUUAAUACAUGAGAGAUUUGCAGCAUUUAACAGUACUUUCUCUCAUAUAGGCUGUAUACCAAAACAUUACUUUUCUGAAAUACAUUUGAGUGUUGUCGCCUGCGCAUAGCCGUCGGACCGGCCUAUUCGGCAUUGUUUUUUUGGGGCGACCGUUAUCCAGCAACAGAGCCAGACAGGAAGAGCGAGGGAACUUAUUCCACGAGCCUCUUUAGACCGACCGGAGAUAAAUCGAGGAAACAUUCGUAAUUAGAAACAGUUACGUAACCUGGUAUAGGUGGAACGUCACGGAUACGUCUGGUAUCCAACAACAAGUCAACUUUCAGCCUGUCAUUAUUUUAUUUUUGUGAUUUUAUACGGAGAAAAUUACCGUCCGUGUUCAUGCCAGAUCUGCAGCGCUUUAGUUUUCCAUACCAUAGCAUGAAUCCUUUGUUAGAGGCGAACUCGCUUCUCCAACAUCAACAGCAGCAGAACCAAGGAGGACCGAGUCAUCCGGAUUCCCCCUCAGGCCUUCUGCCCGAAUCCGUCUUCGGCUCGCUCGACCCGACUUCUUUCUUCCUGGGCGACCAUCCCGGACUGGGCUCGGAGUCUCUGCCAGGGUUCGAUUGCACCACACCCUCACAAGCUUACCUGCAUCUGAACCAUAAUAACCACUCUUAUCACCGGUCUGUGCCCCAACCUCCUGCAGCGAUGGCCCUGAGGAACGACCUGGGCUCCAAUAUCAGUGUCCUAAAGACACUGAACUUACGGUUCCGAUGCUUUCUGGCCAAAGUGCAUGAACUUGAGCGAAGGAAUAAGAUUUUGGAGAAACAACUACAACAGGCGUUGGCUGCGAAGAACAGCUGUGAUGGAAGUUGUUCUGAAAGCGCUAGACGGGCCCAUACCCAAGAAACAGGUGUACAGACCGGGUUUGUGGGAACUAUCCCGCUCAGGCCCGGGUCACUCCCGUUCCAAAACACCAAUAACUCUGCGAGACGACCCACUAUCCUCACGCUUGAGUCCAAGAACAAAGCUGAAACAAACCCCACCGAACCGAAUCAUAAUCCGACCAUCACGGUAAGCCUAUCAACCCCGACAAUCGACUCUCCAGCCGGGUCCAAUUCAAUCACCAACGGGAAAACGGUUUUCAGUACUGGCACUGGAACCCCCACCAACCCGCCUCCCCGGUUCCUCCCCGGUACUAUCUGGUCCUACAACCAUACCCGCAAGCUCGGUUCUGGCGUGGAGACGCGCGUCACCAGCCCCGGUGUGUCCUGGGUCCAGCCGGACGGGGUCGGGGUCCAGAUUGAUACCAUUACCCCGGAGAUCAGAGCCCUGUACAACGUCCUGGCCAAAGUCAAGAGGGAGAGAGACGAGUACAAACGCAGGUGGGAGGAGGAGUACACUGUCAGAGUGGACAUGCAGCAGAAGAUGGAAGACCUACAGGAGGACCUCCAGGAGAGCGAGGGCUGUCAGGAUGAGUUGGCUGUCAGAGUGCAGCAGCUGAAGUCUGAACUGGUGCUCUUCAAAGGCCUCAUGAGCAACAACAUGUCUGAUCUGGACAGUAAGAUCCAGGAGAAGGCCAUGAAGGUGGACAUGGACAUCUGUAGACGCAUCGACAUCACGGCUCGCCUGUGUGACGUGGCCCAGCAGAGGAACUGUGAGGAUGUCAUCCAGAUGUAUCAGGUCCCUAACACCCAGUCUGCCAUCAACUGUCGCCCUCGGAAACAGACCCCGCUGUCCGUCAACAGUAGUGAGGGUGAUGAGACUAUCAGCACCUCGGAGAGCGAUGGGGGCCUGCCCAGAGAGGAGGAGCUCUGUGGCUCGUCAGCCAAUCAGAUCAACGAGGAAAUGCAGAGGAUGCUCAACCAGCUGCGGGAGUGUGAGUUUGAAGAUGACUGUGACAGCUUGGCCUGGGAGGAGACAGAGGAGACUCUGCUGCUGUGGGAGGACUUCCCAGGAUGCACUCUGGCUCCAGAGACCACCCACCAGCCAGGAGAGCAGGAAGACCAGUGUCUGGAGAAGGUGAUUAACGACACUGAGGACUUAUUCAAAUCCAGGGAGAAAGAAUACCAAGAGACCAUCGACCAGAUUGAGUAUGACUUGGCUACAGCUAAGAGUGAUAUGAACCGUCACCUACAUGAAUACAUGGAGAUGUGUUCUAUGAAGAGAGGCCUGGAUGUGCAGAUGGAGACCUGCAGGAGACUCAUCACCCAGAGUGGGGACAGUAAGUCUGGCUCUCCUGUGGCUGGUGAGGAGAGCGUUGACCAGGCUAAGAAGGAAGGGACAACAGCGUCGCCUCCUCUCUCCAACUCUCCUCCCAGAUCAUAACCUAUCAAGACCACCUCCAUCACAUGACCUUCAUACCAUCCAAGCACUGUACCACGCAACACUCUACCGUCACUAUAGCAACGCCAUGUUUACAUUCUAAACACUAGAUGCUUAUUAGUCUAUUUUUAAUUUUCUUCAUGCUAUCUUCAUUCACAUACCUCAAAAUAGGAAAGUUGUAGAUCUAUCUGUUUUUAGCUACGGUGUAGUGUUGUGUGUUUCCAACAGCUUUUAGUCCCCUCUACUGGAAAGUGGUAUUACUAGCACCAUGGAAGUCUGUACAUAAGAAUCCACUGUUUAACAGAGCAAAGGUAACGAGGUAAUGGAUUGAAAUACACAACUUGAAUUGAGAAUACCUCAUAGCAACGUAUGAGCAAUAUUUGAAUGAACUCAUAUGAGUUGUAGGCUAGCGUGUACUCUUAAGGUAGUUGUUGGUACUACAGAGAACCAUGGUAAUAACUCCUAUAGCAUGAUCCAUUUCCACACAGCCAUAAUGAUAAACACACCACACACCAAUACAUUCAUGUCAGGCUAGCAUAGCAGAUCAUUCUAACAGUGUGCUGUCCUGUUGCAACAUUGAGGGUUGUUUUCAGACUCAGUCAAACUCACCUAGAAGUAUAACACAGUAAAUAUAAGCCUCAGGGUGUGUUCGUAAAUUCACUCUGGAGUGCCAGAGUGCGCUCUGUGCAUUCGUAAAUUCAAAGCUUUGUCAGAUUGUCCGUUGUUAAAUUCGGCGUGUUUCGCUCUUGGAGCGUCCAGAGCGCAUGCUGGAGUAGGGUUGAUCCGAGCCUUCUGAUCUCACAAUGGCAGUCAAGCACCCAAGCUAACUGGCUAACGUUGGCUAGCUACUUCCAGACAAAAAUGAGAGCACCUCACUCUGACCAUUUUACUCACCCUAGCAGAGCUGGUUUGGCUGUUUACAUUUUAUCCAGAGCUCUGGUGACUAACUGUGAUGCUGGCAACAAUUUAAUGAAGCUUUUUGCCGAUGUUUACUGACACCGGCCAUAUUCAACCGGCGUUGAGCGCUGGUAAAGUCAUCAGUUAUUCUGCGCUCUGGCACACUCCGGUGAGAGUGCUUUGAAAUCGGAGUCGAUAGCCAGAGAAUUUACGAACGCACCCUUAAACAAAGCAAAGCCCAGUUGGCAAGAGAGAAAAACUCCAGAUGUAUCACUUUAUUAGCAACAAAACAGAAAUAUACUGUACUGUAUCAUAGUUAUUCAAACGGACUAAAAUAAUAUCAAAUCACUCAUUUUAUCAAGACAUCUACACUUCAUUCAUAGGUAUCGAUGAAAACUAGAAAAAGUCCAAUCGUCACUGAUAUCCCGUGUGUGUGAUUUUGAGUCACAUUUUGAAACAAAAGCCUGCCCAUCUCUCUGCCCUUUUGUUGACACCAGACAGGGUGUCAUGGUAACAUUAUUUUACCGUCCUGUUUCUCUUACCUGGUAUUUACUAAGGAAUUAUUGGAUAACAUUGUGUAACAUUGUAUUAUUUCUUCAACACAACUGGUAACUAACUACCUGGUACUGAAUGUUAAAUCGUGGUGCUUGUUUCACUGAAUCCCAAAGAACCCCAAAAGUAGUUUUAUUGUAAUUAUAAUGUAAUACCAUUUUACUGUGUCGAGUAAAGUAAAUAGGAGACUGUAACCAGAGUCAACAAGAGGAGAGGGGGGAGAGCGAGGGCAGAGAUUUUUGUUUUAGAAUGCAGCCGUAGCCUAGGUGUUUCCACUAGAUAACACAGCCACAAAGUCAAAAUAGGCUAUAUCGAAGGUUAGCAGUGUGGUUAAGUUUAGGGUCAGAUUUUAAGAAGAUAAAUUGUAGAAAUAGACAGGGUUUAUGACUUUGUGGUUGUGUAAACUAGUGAUGACCAUAGCCUAGCCUGGUUCCAGAUCUGUAUAUGUGCUUUAGUCAACUCCUCUAACUAUCGUUGUCAUGCCAUUUGCUUUUCUAUGUGACUCCAGAGAGGUCAUCUCUGCCACUGAUCCACUUCUAUCAGGGACUUUGACUUUUGUCAUGGCAUCUAUGAUGAAAGAAGUUCGCUAGAGCACAUACUGAUCUGGUACCAGGCUAGUCAUAGGCUCUGUGUCGGCCCUAUACGUGGUAGUGCAGUGUGAAUAGUGUAAAUACUCUGUUAAAGCUGAUCUGAGGGCAGCUCUGGGGCCUUGCCCUGAUCUCUGUGUGUCUCUGUCACUGACACAGGGAGAGGGAUACAUAUGACAAAGGGCAUUGACACCCAAGUGUUAUUAUACCUACGAGCUGUCUAAUGUAUACUAAUGUUUUGUUUAGUUUCCAGCAGCAGAGAGCAGAGAAAGCCCUGCUACUCUGUCCUCUAGCAGGGAGAUGGGUAGGCUAGCUAUGAUAAGUUAGAUAGGCGAGAUCUAUGUAUCUGUUCUGUGCUCUCUAUUUCUAUGUCUGAUCUGGUUGGUAAGGACUCAAUGCAUCAGUAGUAUUGUAUCAGAGAGAAACGGAAGAUUGAUGAACAGGCUAUAAAAUACAGAAUGUCCACAGAUGAACAAAUAGACAGACCGACAGAUGAAUGUACAGUACGGAUAGAUAGAUGGACAGAUGAAUGUAGAGUACGGAUAGAUAGAUGGACAGAUGAAUGUAGAGUACGGAUAGAUAGAUGGACAGAUUAAUGAAUAGAUGGAUAGAUAGAUGGACAGAUUAAUGAAUAGAUGGAUAGAUAGAUGGACAGAUUAAUGAAUAGAUGGAUUUGAGUGCUAAAGCAACUGAAAACAAGCAGUCUGAAUUAACUUUGAGAAAUAUUGCUGAAACAUUGUUAUAGAAGUACUAAAUACUGAUGCUGAAAAGCUAUCUGACACGGUGCUUGAUAUGAUCUAACCUAUUUUUGAGCUUAAAAGUUACCCGUUAUAAAGAAAGAGCAAAGCAAAUAUGUAUAUUCAAUAAUACAGCAGUAACAGCAAUAAUACGAGUAUUAUAUAUAACAGAAAAGUAAUAAUGACAUGUACAGAUGUAGGAUCUUAAUUUGAUCACCUUUGUUGCCGAGAAUUUUCCUGUUCUAAAAGGGCUUCUAAAGUUUGUAAUUUCCGCUUAGAAAUUUCAGACUUGAUUUUCCCUAAUGAAAAAUGCAUCAACCCAUACAAAAAUGGCCAUGAAUUAUAAUCCACAUAAUAAAUCACAUUUCCUGUUGCUGCAGAAUUUUGUCCUAGCUCAAAUUAAGAUUCUACAUCUGUAAUAAGUCAAACUCGUACACGUCACGAAUGUAAACAAUUACUGAGGAAACCUUGUUUUAUUUUCUCCACUUGUCAUCUAUUUGUAGAUGGGGUGAAAUCGCUACAGCUGAGGAGUAGAUUUCCUCUCUGUUAAUUCAACAUACACAAUGUUAUUAUUCAGUAGAAUGUAGAUGUACAAUACAUUUUUGUUUGUCUUCAUUGACAUUGAAAGAUGCUUGACUUUGAAUACAAAACCUCAGAUAAACAAUAUUUAAUAACUCAAUAAUAGAACACAAGGAUUCCUUCACAAACACUGUCUCUUUAUCAACAACCAAAUGGAGUCCAUUUCAUUUGUGUUUUUCUUUUUCUUGUUUGAUGAGGAAGUUGUUGAAACAGGUGCAGGCUGCUGGUCACACCUCAAUAUUGUAGAAGGGUUUCCAAGGCUUUCUCUGAACGAUUAUAUAGGUUGUGAAUUACAGGUUUUGAAACCAUGAAAAAAUGAUAUGCAUGUCUUAAGCUACAGUUGAAGUUGGAAGUUUAUAUACACUUAGAUUGGAGUAAUUAAAACUUGUUUUUCAACCACUCCACAAAUUUCACAAGUUGGUUAGGACAUCUACUUUGUGCAUGAUACAAGGAAUUUAUCCAACAAUUGUUUACAGACAUAUUAUUUCACUUAUAAUUCACUGUAUCACAAUUCCAAUGGGUCAGAAGUUUACAUACACUAAGUUGACUGUGCCUUUAAACAGCUUGGAAAAUUACAGAAAAUUAUGUCAUGGCUUUAGAAGCUUCUGAUAGGCUAAUUGACAUCAUUUGAGUCAAUUGGAGGUGUACUUGUGGAUGUAUUGCAAGGCCUACCUUCAAACUCAAGUGUCUCUUUGCUUGACAUCAUGGUAAAAUCAAAAGAAAUCAGCCAAGACCUCAGAAAACAAAUUGUAGACCUCCACAAGUCUGGUUCAUCCUUAGUACCCAAGUAUAAACACCAUGGGACCAUGCAGCCGUAAUAACGCCCAGGAAGGAGACGUGUUCUGUCUCCUAGAGAUUAACGUACUUUGCUACGAAAAGUGCAAAUCAAUCCCAGAACAACAGUAAAGGACCUUGUGAAGAUGCUGGAGGAAACGGAUACAAAAGUAUAUAUCCACUGUAAAACGAGUCCUAUAUCGACAUAACCUGAAAGGCCGCUCAGCAAGGAAGAAGCCACUGCUCCAAAACCAUCAUAAAAAAGCCAGACUAGGGUUUGCAACUGCACAUGGGGACAAAGAUCGUACUUUUUGUAGAAAUGUCCCCUGGUCUGAUGAAACAAAAAUAGAACUGUUUGGCCAUAAUGACCAUCGUUAUGUUUGGAGGAAAAAGGGGGAAGCUUGCAAGCCGAAGAACACCAUCCCAAGCAACAUCUCAAGACAUCAGUCAGGAAGUUAAAGCUUGGUCGCAAAUAGGUCUUCCAAAUGGACAAUGACCCCAAGCAUACUUCCAAAGUUGUGGCACAAUGGCUUAAGGACAACAAAGUCAAGGUAUUGGAGUGACCAUCACAAAGCCCUGACCUGAAUCCUAUAGAACAUUUGUGGGCAGAACUGAAAAAGUGUGUGUGAGCAAGGAGGCCUACAAACCUGACUCAGUUACACCAGCUCUGUCAGGAGGAAUGGGCCAAAAUUCACCCAACUUAUUGUGGGAAGCUUGUGGAAGGCUACCCGAAAGUUCAACCAUUUAAAGGCAAUCCUACCAAAUACUAAUUGAGUUUAUGUAAACCUCUGACACACUGGGAAUGUGAUGAAAGAAAUAAAAGUUGAAAAAAAUCAUUCUCUCUUCUGUUAUUCUGACAUUUCACAUUCUUAAAAUAAAGUGGUGAUCGUAACUGAACUAAGACAGGGAAUUUUUACUAGGAUUAAAUGUCAGAAUUUGUGAAAAACUGAGUUUAAAUGUAUUUGGCUAAGGUGUAUGUAAACUUCUGACUUCAACUGUAUGUAUUGGGUAUGCCAUUCCUUAGGCUAGGAGUUUCUCCUGACCACAUGACCUAGGUCCUAGACCAGAGGUAUUCAACUAUUACCCUACGAGGUUCGGAGCCCGCUGGUUUUAUGUUCUACCUGAUUUACUAAUUGCACCCACCUGGUGUCCCAGGUCUAAAUCCGUCCCUGAUUAGAGGGGAACAAUGAAAAAAUGCGGUAGAGCUGGCUUUGAGGUCCAGAGUUGAGUUUGAGGGUCCUAUGCUGUAAGGCUUGAACUAGGGGUUUUUUCUGCUCAGGUCAUAUGGCCAGUAAAACUCCUGGCCCCAGCGUUCCUGCUCUUUGGCCAGAACUGGAGAUUAAAAUGGAGAAUAGAAGGCAGCGGAGAAAUAGUGUGAGAAUGCAUGAGUCAGCGUGUAUGUUUAGGAGAGUGUUCUAAUGUCCUUGGUUUUUAAAAAGAGUUUUACUGGUUCACUUACAACAUGAAGAAUACAAUAGUCCUAAAAUGCACACUGUCUUCCAGUGUCUGUCUGACAAUAGACCAAUUCAUAUCCUCUUCACAACUGAACUGAAGGCUAACGGUAUAACUGAAUCAUUGUAAACUAGAGUGGUAGGGACCAUACAGUGAUGUGUUCUGCUGACUGGAUUCCCAUCUCUACAAAUGUCUGUAAAAUCGACUUGAAAUACUGUAUAUAUGUAAAUCAAUGAUGUACAAUAAUCGCUCUAAUAUUCCUUCAAUAAUCCACUUUCUUCAUGAGUGUAUGUGAUUACAAAGUAAAUUCGUUUUAGAAAUGGCACCAAAGUGUAAAAAAUAAUAAAUAAAAAUAACUACUCACAUGCAAAUGCUUUAACAUAAUGAUGGUAUGAUUGCUAUGAUAUUGUAUGCAUUAAAGGAAAACGCUAUGUUGGAUAUAUUGUAUGUUUAAACACUGGCAAUGCAAGGAGGUCCACAGUCAAAAAUACUUAGUGUCAGGUUCCCGGAUUUGGCACAUAGCUGAACUUUUAAUGUGGAUGGAGAUAUUUGAUUGGUCCUUAAUGUUUCUCGUAGACCAGGAGCCAAUGCUCUUGCUCGGUGAGGACCAGUGUAUUCUCUGGUCCAUAUAUUUUACCAUCAACUAAUUCCAUCUGGCCUGAGUAAGCUAGCAUGCAGGUGAAUAGACUGAGUUGUCAAUGAGAAGACUGUUAGGAAUCACCAGGGCCUCAUUUAUUAAGCAUCUGCACCAGUGCCAUGUUUACACCUGCUCGGUUCAAAAGGGAACGAGUCAUAGAAAAAAAGGUCAAGGGACAAGUAAAGUCCAUUUUCUGUUUUUAUCUCAUAUAAUUCCCCCCGAAAAGAGCAAGUGUAAACAUUGCGCUGCUUGGUAAAUCAGGCCUUGGUCUUUGUUUUGGUGAGGUGUGAGUUAUUUGAAACUGGACUGGCCCCUUGAACAUGUGUGCUUCAAUGCAGAGCUCUGUGUACUGACAGAGAGUUCAACGCAGAGCUCUGUGUACUGACAGAGAGUUCAACGCAGAGCUCUGUGUACUGACAGAGAGUUCAACGCAGAGCUCUGUGUACUGACAGAGAGUUCAAUGCAGAGCUCUGUGUCCUGACAGAGAGUUCAACACAGAGCUCUGUGUACUGACAGAGAGUUCAACGCAGAGCUCUGUGUCCUGACAGAGAGUUCAACGCAGAGCUCUGUGUACUGACAGAGAGUUCAACGCAGAGCUUUGUGUACUGACAGAGUUCAACGCAGAGCUCUGUGUACUGACAGAGAGUUCAACGCAGAGCUCUGUGUACUGACAGAGAGAUGGAAUGAAGAAUAAAAGAUACAGCUGAGCAAUAUAA